AUGUCUUUCCAUACUCCUAACUCCAAAUGCAGGACCACCAUUCCUGGCCUAGGGACUUUGGAUGGUCUGCAGUAUGCCAAUGGCGUACAACAAUUCUGCGGUAUUCCUUACGCAAAUCUGCCAAAGCGCUGGACACGAUCAGCUCUCAAAACUUUGUGGAAUGACGGCCAUCACGAUGGAACAAAGCUAGGAAAUGACUGCCCGAUGCCAGGUCUAGUCGACGGCGACAAUUCAAGUGACCUAGUUCCUGUUCCUCCUGCUGCACAUUUGCAUUGGCCUCCACCUGUGAACGAGCUAUCCGGCUUGGUCAUGAAUAUCGUCAUUCCGCGUGCCUUUGACACUACCAGCAAGCUUCUCCCUGUCUUCGUCUAUGUCCACGGCGGAUCGUUGCUUUAUGGUGGUGCAAACCUUCCCAUUUUUGACGCUGUCAAUCUCGUGUCAAGGAGCAUCGAGAUUGGUCUUCCAAUCAUAUGCGUCAACUUCAAUUACCGAAUUGGAAUCGGCGGAUUUCUUGCUGGCGAAGCUAUUGCACGAGAGCUGCAGCAGGACGGCUAUGCAGGCAGUGGCAACUUUGGCUUCACGGAUCAAAAGGUCGCCUUUGACUGGGUGCAACAGUAUAUCGAGUACUUUGGUGGUGAUGCUGAGAAAGUGACUGCGGUAGGCGAGUCUGCUGGAGGAAUUUCCAUCAGCAAUCAACUCCAAGCAGCGCAGCCUGCUAUCUUCCACCGUGCUGUCUGCAUGUCUGGACUGUCUGCAGCUAUCCCUCCGUGGACCAUGCAGCAGCAUGAUAUUUUCUUUGCAGCUGUGUGUCGUCAUUUCAAGAUCGAUCCCACAGCUCUCGAUGUGCUGGAUCAACUCCGGGCUAUACCUCAGCAAGAACUUGCAGAUGCAACACCCGAAAUCCAAGGCAUUCCUGCAGGAACUGGAAAUCCAUGUCUUGAUGGCUGGUUCUAUCUACCCGAAUCAGACCCACGAGGUGUCACUGCGCCGCCAUCGUGGUUGAAGGGAUACAUGUUUGGUGACGUUUACCACGAGGGCAUCAUUUUCCACGUUAACUUACUUGAAGAUGAAUAUGACUCAAUUCAACGCGUCAUUAAUUCUCAUAUCGAGAACGAGUCUUUGACUGGUCAAAUUCUCGAGGCUUAUGAGAUCACCGCCGACCUGCCACAACCAGAGCUUCUUGAGAAAGUGGAGCACAUGUGUGGGGAUUUCAUCUUCAAGAUACCAAACUAUGCCCUGGCAAAGGAGUGUACCAAGGACAGGCUGCCGGAGGGAAAAGCUCCGUUUUUGUAUCAUUUUGACCAGCGGUCUCGUCUCCCUAAUACGCUAGAAGGGACGGCAUAUCAUGCACAUGAGUUGCUUUACCUCUUCGAAAACCUGACAGGAGAGAUGAAUGAUGAGGAAAGGAAGAUGGCACGGGAGUUUUCUGCAGCUUGGAUCAAAUUUGCAAAUGGGCUUGAGCCUUGGAGGGCAAAUGAUUCAACAUCUUGGAUGGUUUGGGGACAGGAUAAUAAGGUCGAGUUGAAGACUGAAACCGAGGAUCAAGAUGCUCGGAACUAUGCUCGCAUGAACAGGAUUCUCCAAUUGGAUGAAGGAAAGGCAUGGCAAAAGGCACUCUCUGGAAUUGAUUCAUUGGUUAAUAGAAGGUGGAAGUUGUGGUAA